CCGAACGCCACUUGGCGAUUGUAUCUUGCGGUGCCGCCAUGGACAAGGAGGUCCCCGAGCUCGAUCAUGACGAUCGAAUCGACCAGUUCUCGACGGCCAAGUCUCACGACGACGAGAUCGAUGGUCCUGGUGGAGACGAUGAUAGCGUCACGCCUCAAGCAACAUCGGAUUUGGACGUCAAGGAGCUGUCAAUACGAGUCACCCAUACACGCGCGGACCGCCUCGAAGAAAUGCAGUCGGUGGUGAAGAGAGUUGUGUACGAAUCGCGCGGUCCAUUGUACUUGGAUCUGUGCUCGCGCACGUUUCCUCAUCUCGGUGCGCUCGUGAAAUCGUUUCGCACGACGGCUGAUGGAGGGAAAGGCCAAGCCGAGCUCAGUGGAAACGUGCACAUUGGUGACCUCGUCCUAUCCCUUAACGACGUCGACUGCACCGUGCUUCCAUUUCAGCAUGUCGUUCUUGAAGCGAAAAACGCCAACUUCCCGCUUGUGCUGACGGUGCUGCCCAAGGUGUACGUUCCCGAGUUCUUUCCAAUUGCCCCACCUAGCGUUCCCGGUCGCCGUGGAAGUGAGCACACUCUGUCGACGGACCCAUCACAACCCUGCACUCCAACUAAUGGAAGCGUUGGGCGAUGGGGGAAAUUUGGGCAAAUCCUUGACAUGCGACCAAAGCGGGCAUCCCUGACUGCCGUGGACAUAACCAAGGCAACGAUCCUGACUUCCCCACGAGUUCACGCUGUCACAACCAACUCGACGUCGACGUCGUCGUCUCCGCCUUCCCCGGCCACCACGACCACCGUGGGAACACUCUCGACAACGUCAGUGGGAUGGACUGCCACGCCACCAGCACCUCAGCACCAGCAACAACAGCCAGGCGGCCGGACGCCCCCCGGCACUGUCACCACCAACAAUGAGAAAUUCCAACAAAAGUUCAAAAAUUGGCAAGAUUCGAUCACGCUCGACAAAGUCGUGACGUCCAGCACGAAUCUGCUCAAGUUUAUGGGUGGGAAAAAAACCCCCGACGAAAAAGACGAGUGGACGCAAUGGCUCCAUGGCGCUUCGAUUGCAUUCCGAGAACACACGAAUGCGUUCCACACGUCUGGUCUCCACCUCGUGUCGACUGGAAAGGCCAUGGGCGUCGAAGACGGUGAAGUCCAUUGCCAGUGGUUCCGCAUCUUGCCCGCGACGAACGAAUGGUUGUUGCUGCAAGGAGCUACCCACCGCACGUACAUGCCAUCGAUUGACGACGUUGGAGCUACGAUUGGGCUGUCGUGCUGCAUCAGUCGCCUUGGGUCCAUGUCCCCCGUGAAACUCGUCCAACUCGAUCAACCACUUGUCGUUGAUCCGUCCGUUCAAGACACGACCCGCAUGAUGGUGGAAGCAGGGUCCGCUUCGUUCUCGGCAACACUGGCAAACUCGGAGCUCGUCAGCUUUCAACUGAAAGUGGACACGAAUCACGUGGUCGUGAUUCAAAUUACAGAAGACGAUUUUGAUACGGUCGUCGAUGCUCCGUACGACGAUCAGUUGCAUGUGUACUUGGACCCUGAAGACUCGACGCGAUUCGUGCUGCGCUUUCGGCCGUCGGGGGAUGCCGUCGGCGUCGUGACGGAGGACACCGCAGGACUUUUGUCAAACGUUGGGAUCCGCCCCGGCAUGCUCUCAACAUUGCAUCUGACUGCUCAAAGCGCCUCGACGCGAGAUAUCAUUGCAUCGACCCUGCGAUCGUUUCGAGCGCAACGGUUGGCGUCGAACGAAGCACACGAAUCUGCUCGACGAGCGGAAGCGACUUACUUCGGCAACGUCGUCGACAAGGCGAGCCUUCGCCUGCCUGCCGUGCUCACCAGCAAGACCGACUCGGACUCACUUGGUUCGAACGACGAUGUUCCAGGUGAUUUGGACGUCAAGACCCCAGGGAUCAAGACCAUUGCAACGACCGACGAAGUCUUCGAACUCAAGAGGCAGCUGGCGUCGCAAUCGCUUGUAAUCAAAGCCACGCAAAAUGAACGCAACUUGAUGGCAAUUGCAGUGGAAGUGCGCGACCGAAAGCUCGACGACCAGGUGGCGGUCAACACGGCGUUGCAAUUGCAAGUCGAGUCGUUGCGUGGGGAGCUCAAGGUCGCCAACGCUGCGAUCGAGCGAAGCAAACGAAUGGAAGAGUCCGCCCUUCGCCUGCAGCAAUCCUGUGCAGACCUGAAGAGGACCAACGAAGCACUGGAAUCUCAGCUCGCUGUCGUGAGGACCCACAACCACGAAAUGGAGGCCAAAUGGGCUGCAUUGGACGAAGACUGCCGCACCGUGCGGGCCGAGUUGGCGGCACAGCAGGCUCUGUGCAUGAAUCUUGUGGAAGAAAGGAACAAUUUGAAGUCGAAAGCGACGGAUCUAUCCAAGGAAUUGCGUCGACUGCUAAAAGUACGUUGUGUAGAGUUGAAUGACCAUGAAUGGCUUUCGUGGUGCGCACAGCAUGGUCAGAGCGUGGGCGACGUCGAAGCUCAGUUGUUUGAACGCAUGCAACUUCAGAUCGAUCUAGCCGAGGCCAAAGCCGACGUAAAGCGGUAUCAGGACGAGAUGAAUGAAUUCAAAAACGCUUUGGAUUGUCACGUCAAGCAACGGGGCAUGGGCGACGUCGUACGCCCUCGAAGUUGCUUGCGACUGGCUGAAUCUCGACAUGUAGGAAAUGCAACGAGUGCUGAGCCAAAACAAGGAGCUGCAGCGCCUCGUGACACACUUUUCGACCGCACUGAGCGCGUCGCAAGAGGAAGUUGCCAAAUGGAAAACCUUUUACGACAACAGUCCGUUGAAGGGAAUGAUGGCAACCCAGAUCCACCUCACCAAGUCGACGUCGUUCAAGCGCAACGAGCAGCUCGUGUUUGACGAAGACGACGAAGAGAGCGACGACGAGGCGGAGGGAAAAAGUUCAAACGAAUGAUCUUUGUUCACUGCACGACCUCCGGUUUGCAUGAAUAGCCAUCGGUGCGAACGGAACAAACUGUUGCCCGAUGCACGGUUGGGCUGUGGCAAGCAUGGAGGCGUCGCCAGUCGGACCAGCUACACCAUCACAGAUGUGUGACACCCACGAGAGUACGAGACUGACGCGACGGAUCUGGACGCUCGUCGUUGCAAGCACAACCCUUUCAAAAAAACUGUUGGUCCCGCUUGGAAUCCACGGUCAAGAUGAGGCUACAUGAAAUCAGCUCCCAUCUCCAGCACACCUCAUCAGCAGAGAUUGUAGUCGAUAGAGAUUCCAUGGGGGACGGAGAUGUCGAUCAGCUGGAUUGGAUGAAGUCGUGUGCCCAAGCGUCAUUCCAAAACUGGUGGAACGAGAAGAGUUCAGAAAGCACUUGUGACCGCGCUCGCACGUAAAGUUGUCGGCAGCGAGGAAGCUGCCGCAAGCCUGCACUCAAAACGUCGGUUUUGGCGGCAUGACCUUUUGUUUCCUGUACGUUGAUAAAAAAUCAGGCUGGAGUCGUCAUGCGUGCUUGAUCGAACGACCGGACAUGACGAUGCAGUCGACGAGCGACGGAAACGCUUCUUCGUCAACUUCUGGAUAUGGCACGAGUGUCUUCAAGUCCACCGAGGCAAGCGUGGACGCAAGCAGACUGCACGUCGUCGCUACCAAGUGGUGCCGUUCCGCCAACGCCCCCGCUAACUCUUCCUGAUGGUUGUCCAUGAGUUGUGUAUUCGGAAUCACGAUCAGGUGUUUGCGCUCGACGAGGGUGUCCAUGAUGGAUCCAGCGCCGGCAUGACUGAGUACGAGAGAUGCCCGCCGGAUGUCGUCCUUGUACGCUGGAUUGAACCGGUAGAACGAUGUGGUGAAGGUGUCGUUAGCAAUAACGCGCGGUUCGUGCGUGCCACGGCCAAUCUGAAACAGGAUUUCGUCAUAUCCCUUCUGCUUGAGAAUCGCAUGGACUUCGUCCGUGUCCACAGCCGCGAUCAUCUCAUCAAAGCACGUCGUUCCCACCGUCACGAACACCAUCUUCUUCGGCAUCGUCGUCGGCGGCACGUCCCCAGUCG